AUGACGGAAUUCCAACUGGGCCAGAAGGACUCAGUUUUCAUGGAGGACGUAGCUGUGGUCUUUACUUCUGAAGAAUGGAGUUUGUUGGAUCUUCCUCAGAGGAAACUCUACAGAGAUGUCAUGCUGGAAACUAUGGGAAACUUGGCCUCAGUAGUUAUCAGUAAGCCUCAUAUUUUAGAAAAACAGUAA